AUGGCAAUUCCAAAAUCAGGGAGUUCAGCAAGGGCAAAAUGCAAUCCAGAAUGCACUUCCAGCACCUUCAAGAAGAUGGAUGAAUUGCUGCAACAAAUUUUGCAACAGCAGCAAUUAUUUUUACAGCAGCAGCAACAUCAACAAAGGACAGAUUCAGCUUUGCAAAAUCUUGAAAGACAGAUUAGCCAACUAGCAACGAACUUAAAUCAAAUGCAAGCUCAAGGUUCAAGCAAACUACCUUCUCAAACAAUGCCAAACCCAAAGAAUGUGAGUUCGUUGACUCUUCGAAGUGGAAGAACUAUAACUGAACCCAUGAAGAAUAUUCCAAUUGGAUCAUAUUUUGUUGCACCAGCUUCAGACUCACAGUCACCAGAUCUUGUACCAAGAAAAUUGAAUUCAGAAUCCACUCAACCAGUACAGAAUAGUGGGAGAAAUACAGCAGAACAGAUUUCAACAGAUUUUGGUUCAGCAGAACAAAAUGAUUCGCAAUCAGCUCCAAUUUCAGCUCAAAAUGUAGAGAAAGAAUCACAACAGCAAGGUACUGAGAUUUCUGCUCCUUUACCUUUUCCUCAAAGAAGAAUCCAGCAAAAGAAACAUGUUGAGGAAGAGAAAGCUAGGGAAUUUCAAGAACUUGUUAAUUUGUUUAGCAAAGUGGAGGUGAAUGUGCCCUUGUUAACCAUGAUAGAGCAAGUUCCGAAAUAUGCAAAAUUUCUCAAGGAUGUAUGUGUGCAUAAGAAGAAAUUAAAGGGAAAUGAAUUAGUUAGCAUGGGAAAAAAUGUUUCUACUCUUAUUCGACCUAUUCCUCAGAAGUGUGAUGAUCCAGGAGUUUUCACCGUGCCAUGUACUAUUGGAAAUUAUGUAUUUGAGGAUGCUAUGCUGGAUUUAGGAGCUUCUAUUAAUGUAAUGCCGAAAUCAGUUUUUCUAUCAUUGGGUAUUGGUCCUCUACAACCUACGGGAGUUGUUAUUCAGUUAGCCAACCGUAGUCAGGCUCAUCCAACUGGAGUGAUUGAGAAUGUUUUGGUUAAAGUGAGUGACCUUAUUUUUCCAGCUGAUUUCUACAUUUUGGAUAUGGAAGGCGAUGUAUUAAUGAAUAGAGCUCCAAUUAUUUUGGGAAGACCGUUCCUUAAGACUGCCAGGACUAAGAUUGAUGUGCAUGCUGGAACUUUAUCUAUGGAGAUUGCUGAUGUAGUUGUUCAAUUUAGCAUUUUUGAUACGAUACAACAAAAGAAGAACCAUUCUAUUUCCAGUGUUUAUAAAUCCGAAUGGCUGGAUACUAUGAAUUUUAUUGAUACGGAUUAUGAUGAAAUUGUUUCAGACUUUGAUGAAUUGGGUUGUGAAUCUAAACAUUCUGGAGGUUGUAUUAAUAACAGGGAAAUAGUUGAGGUAAGAUCUGAUUGUGGCCAAACUACUGUGGAUGAAUCUAUAAGUGUAGGGGAUUGCAUGGAAGCAUUACCCCAAGAAUCACCUAAAUUGGAUGUAAGUGAAGAUAGUGUAGGGGCUUGUGCUAUGGAGCCAAGCACCCAAGAAUCACUACCAAUUAUUGUACCUUCAUCAGAACUAGAUAUUGAAUCACAGGAAAUUUCAAAGGACAUUGCAGAGGAAGUUGUGGAGCCAUGUGUAGCUGAUAGAGAUGCAGAAACUGGAGCAAGGAAACUGCUGGUGGCACUCCGCGUCCCGGCGUUUUCUUCAGGAUUUCGGCCCCAUCAUCCUUCAGAUCUACUUCUCAACGAGUCUAAUUGGCGUUGGAGCUUCCAUUCUUUUGCUUCUAGGCUCGGAUCUUUUGCACGCGCCGGCGAACUUCUCUCCGGAGCUAAGAUCUAUUCGUAUGUCUUCUGUUUCAGCCAUCAUCGGGGGAAUUCUUCGGUGAUAGUGGCUUGCUCUCUAUCAGAGACCAUCGAUCCAGAGAAAUCGGAUUCAAGAUCUGCAAAAUUUCGAGUUGUGCAGUUCCAAUCUUCACCGGCUUUUCCAGGAAAGUUUUCCUUGGUGCUGGAAGAGAUUGAAUUGAGUUGA